GGCAGAGGAUACCCAAAUCCAGAUGUGUUCAGGGAAGAUAGCAUCAUCUCUGGAUACCGUCACCCGAGAAGCUCAGCACUGGACUGCGUCCUCAGCAGCUUCCAGAUGAACAAUGAGACGAUCAACAUCUGGACCCACUUCCUGCCAACAUGGUACUUCCUGUGGCGCUUCUGCGUCCUCUGCUCCACUCUGAACUUCCUGACCGACAGCUACACCUGGCCCUUGCUGGUGUACAUGCUGCUCAUCUGCAUUUACCCCUUCACCUCCAGCUGUGCACACACCUUCAGCACCAUGUCCCCGGAGUCCCGCCACAUCUGCUAUUUCUUUGACUACGGAGCGCUCAGCCUCUACAGUCUGGGUUGUGCUAUAAGCUACGGAUACUAUGUCAUACCAGACAGCUGGGUGAAUAGCUGGCUCCAUCAACAUUUUGUCCCCAUUGCCAUUGGAAACACACUGUUCUGUACCAGUCUGUCCUGCUAUUCCAGGUUCCUGGAGCUGCAGUUCCCACAGAGAAGUAAAGCUCUAAGGACAGGAGCAUUUGUCCUUCCAUUUAUAUUUGACACUGUUCCUCUGUUUUACAGGAUCCUUCUCUGCUGCGGGGGAAGCUGCAACGUGACCGACGCCUUGUACAGUCACUGUUACCAUGUCCUUUUUGCCUUCCUCACCUGUUUCCUGUUUACGGCCCACCUCCCGGAGAGGUUGGCCCCAGGGCGCUUUGACUACUUUGGCCACAGCCACCAGCUCUUCCAUGUCAGCGCCGUGGUGGGGACCCACUUCCAGAUGGAGGGUGUGAUAGCAGACAUGACGUCAAGAAGGGCAUGGCUUUUGGCCCACGGAGCAAUGCCUUCCUUCUUGGAGACCAUUGGGGUUCUGGUCAUCAGUCUCGUCCUUAACCUGGGCAUCAUUGGCAUAUUCAGCGCCCCUCUGCUGUGGAAACCCUGCCACAGCCCCAACCAGAUGCACGCAUCAACGUGCGAGCGCAAGGAGCAGUAACGUCAUUUUUUCCACCAACAGCCACAAAAAGGCUGAUUCACUUUCCAAAGGAAAGGUUUGGGCUAUUUGUCUGUCUCAGCCGUGUCUGUUUGAGAUGACUAGUAACAGUUUAACACGAAUAGUUUUAUCAUUCAGAGAUUUUGAUAUGUUCAGUGCUGAAGCAUUUCUAACAGUGUUAUAUACCUGAAGCAUUUGUUCGUGUGUUAUUAAGCUUGUAUAUUAGAGGCUGCACAUCUGUCUACCAUGUACAAAUGUCUGUUUAAUUUAUUUUUAAGGUUCAUCAAUAUGCAUUUAAAAAUGCUCUGGGUUGAAGGAAGCAUACUGCACCAGUGCCUUAUUGUAGAACGACACUUCAUUUACAGUGUUUACAGUAGAUCACUUCAAGGAAAAGUUUAAAUCUCAAACUGGAAACUUCAAAUGUUGCAGUUUGCAGGGAUCAUAUUUUGAAAUGAUGAUGCUUCUAUUUGCAUGCCCUUAACUUUAUUAAGGAUUUAUUUAAUUGUAACAGUCUUCAGUGUAGACAACCCUCAUUCAACUCUACAAAAUAUAAUGCAUAUUGGGUUGCCAGCUCUUAUACUGUAUAACCACCUAUUGAUUCCACUCUGCACAGACUGGAAUUGAUUUGCAGGCCAGUGUGGUUUUUUUUCUGAUUGCCUGCAUUAUUAUGAACCCCACGAUCUGCCUUCAACAGAAAAAAUAAAAUCUUACAGCAGGGCUGUGAUUAAAAGACAGGUACCAUUUUUAUACCAGUACGUUUUCAUGGCAACGCUAUUGCGGCCUCAUGCCCCCUGAAGGUGUUCAACCAUUUUGAUGUUCUUAGCAAAUGGCACAAUUUCCUCUUGUUCUUCUAUCACAUAUAAUAAGAUCCUUUUCUGACCAUUUAUCAUGUAGAAUAGUUAUAAUAAUCACAAUCAAAAAAAAUUUGAAGUCACCUUUAUGCAUUUGCAUAUUUCCAGUCCAGUCAACUAUUAUCAGUGGAAUUAAGAGAGAUGGAGAGAGAAAAAGUGAAUUUAGUCAUAGUUUGGGGUAGCAUCAACAUGGGAGUCUUGUGGAGUUGCAGUAUUUUGGUGCAUAGAAAGUGUAACAAACCAGUAACACUCCUUAUAUACAUACUGUGGUUAUCUUGUUGUCCCAUGAGACUGUUAAUGUACAUUUGUCAUUGAAUGUAUCUUAUAUUUACAGAAUGUUAUUGUAUUUAUUACUUGUUUAUGUGCAUAAACAGGAAUUAGGAUGAGUAAACUAAUGAUUCACACUUUAAAAAAGACCCUCUUAUGACGUAGUUUGUGACUGUAUAUAGCUUUGUUUUCUUAAAACAAGUGGAAAAUGUGCAGAUUUUAUUUCAGCGGGUUUCCAACACUAGUCAACUUGUUUCAAGAGUUUUCUAAAAUAAAGAUCUUCCAUAUUGGAGCUGAAAUGAUUAGUUUAACAAUUAGCCGUAAGUCUUUUAGUAUCUUAGUGUAUUUUGAGAAUGAUUUGAGUCACUUUUCAGGCAAAAAUGUUAACCAUUUACUGAUUUCAGACUUAAGUUUGCAUAUUUUCCUGCUUCUCUGUUUUAUAUCAUUGUAAAUUAAAUAUCUUUAGGUUUUUGGCCUGCUACUUGGACAGAACUCUGGUAAAUUGUGAUGGGAAUUUAUCCCGUUAUUUGUUUUAUUAUUUAUUUUAAAUUUUAGAGAGAAAACAGUCUAAUAAUUGAGGCAGAAAAUGGUAGAUACAUCGAUAACAAAUUCCAGAUUUGGGAAAAAUAAAAAAACUGGAUCAAAUAAACAGUUUCUUCACUUGUUUUAAGGAAAUGAAACUUUGACUUGAUACGAUGCAUAAAUUGGAUAAUUCAUUGAUAAUAUUAUUAUAGCAGUACUGUACAGCCUAUGGUUCAGAUACUGGCAAUGAAGUAUUGUUUAAUAGGUUUUAAUGAGAGAGGGUGUCACACGUUUUUAACAUCUCAGUUGUAGCACUAACAUACCGUAGGUACAGAUUUCACCAAUCCUCAUUUUACUUGACAAACACAUGGAAGGCUGGUCUGUAUAAAACAAGUUUUCAAGCAUGUAGGGCACAAAUUUACACUUAUUUCCACCUGUAACACCAGUAGUUUGUACACACAACCCACUGGAGACAUGCGGCUAACACACACACACACACUCACACAUAUGUCUUUUAGCUGUGUUGUUCUAGAGUUUGAUAAGAGGGGAAAAUGUAUGUGAUAUUAUGGGAAUGAGGUGUGCUGCAGGUCCAUGGUGGAUGUUGAAAUGUCAGACGCAGAGUGAAUAUGUAGUAUCACAAAGGGCUCACACAAACACACUGACACAUGCGCACACACACUUUUCUUUUAGAACAGGGGAGUUGUUUAAGAUGUUUUCAAGGUUAGCGUGCAGGGUGAAAAUUACAACGCCUUCUUUGUCGCGCACAAAACAGAGCAAUAUUUGCUCUCAAUGAUGUAUCUACCGACUGUGUUUUAUCUCCACCCCAUUUUUAUUUUCUUAACAGUCAUCAUAACGGCGUUCUUCAGUUUGACCCUGUUGAUUCCUGGAAUUGCAUCAUUACUGGCUUCUGAUGUGGUUCUUUGUUAUGAACCCAGACUAGUUUGGAACUCAUUUAUUUCUGAGCUGCUAUUUAUUUAAUUUUUUUUUUUUCCCGUCAUCUCACUCAAUCCCAGGCGCUCUGCGUCUGUAGUGUUUUCAGCACCUUGACAGUUAUAAAGCUGAGAGAUGCUGAGCAUCGAGGCUUCCACCUUGAAUAGAUCGAUGCUUGUAACGCUUUUCUGAAUUGCAUUUUUACACCUACUUUGACCAAAUUAUCAAUGCCAAGUCGAGAAAUUCUCCAGACCAGAUCACUGUUGCUUUGAAGGCUAUUUGUCGUGUAAACCUUGUUCGUUUGAUCCUCAGUGGACAUGCUGAUGGUUGUAAUUAUCAGAAAGAAAUGUGAACUUUUUGUGUAAUGACAAAAAAAAAUACAGUGUACUGAUGGAUGUUUGGUAAUGUGAAAUAGAGAGCAAAGAUGAGUGUGGGAUGAACCAUUUAAUACAACAAGAAUUUUUCUGUGUCAAAAAAAAAGGGUUCGAAAGCGUUAUUGGUGCCUUUUUUUAAUGUUUUAUACAACCUUUCUUUUGAUAUAAUGCUCUGUUUGUUCCUUGUCCAUUGACAACAAGCUACUCUAAAAAUGUAUAAAUACUUAUUUGUUCUUUGCUGUGAAUAAUUUGUAAUUUGCUACUUUGUUCUACUAGACCUGUGAAAUAAAUUCAAGCCUUUUAUAAAUGGAA